GUGCGGGUUUUGUGUCCGCUCGCAUAUUGAUUUCAGUAGGAGGGGCGUCCGUGACAUUUCUAGGGUUGAAUACCUUAGAACCGAUGCAGCUGCCACCACAACACAAACAGUAUUAGUGUCAGUGAUUUAGUUAGAAAGUCAUAAAUCAUAGCACAGCGUAGCCACAAACCCACACCCAUUAUCGAUGUGAGGUUAAUGGUGCGCGUCCCCUUUAAGAUUAUUGAAUAGAGGGAGUGCAAGUGUGCUCGAGCCUGCUGUGUGGGUUGGUCACUUCAAAAGGAUCUUGUCACAUGUGAAAGGACACACAUUGAACAGCUGCUUGACUGAAUCUGUGUGAUGAUCUAAUGGCAGACCAAAGAAUGGACAUCUCCUCCACAAUGAAUGAGUUCAUGUCCCAGAGUUCUGCAGAUCUCAUCAGCAGUUCCAUUGGCACCACGGGCAUGGACUACAACCGCAAGAGGAAGGGCAGCACCACCGAAUACCAGAUUGAUGGCUUUUCGUUUGAUGAUAGUAUGGACACAGAUAAAGAUAAGACAAUGGGAAGGGAUGACCAGCAGGGCCGGAUAAAAAAUGCCAGGGAGGCUCACAGUCAGAUAGAGAAGAGACGCAGGGAUAAAAUGAACAGUUUUAUAGACGAGUUGGCUUCGUUAGUCCCCACUUGCAAUGCCAUGUCUCGCAAGCUGGACAAACUCACUGUACUGCGCAUGGCCGUCCAACACAUGAAGACAUUACGAGGCGCCGCCAACCCAUACACCGAAGCUAACUAUAAGCCAGCAUUCUUGUCAGAUGAUGAAUUAAAGCACUUGAUUUUAAGGGCUGCCGAUGGCUUCCUCUUUGUAGUUGGUUGCGAUCGUGGAAAGAUUCUGUUCGUCUCGGAGUCGGUCUAUAAAAUUCUCAACUACACUCAGAAUGAUCUGAUUGGCCAGAGUUUGUUUGAUUACCUGCAUCCAAAAGACAUUGCCAAAGUUAAAGAGCAGCUGUCAUCGUCAGACACGGCUCCACGGGAACGACUCAUCGAUGCCAAAACUGGUCUGCCAGUGAAGACUGACAUCACUCCCGGCCCCUCAAGACUGUGUUCAGGGGCCCGGCGGUCUUUCUUCUGUAGAAUGAAAUGCAACCGUCAGUCUGUCAAGAUGGAGGACAAGGACUUCCCCUCAACUUGCUCUAAAAAGAAAGCAGACCGCAAGAGUUUCUGUACCAUCCAUAGCACUGGCUACCUGAAAAGCUGGCCGCCCACCAAGAUGGGUUUAGACGAGGAUAAUGAACCUGAUAAUGAGGGCUGCAACCUCAGCUGUCUAGUGGCCAUCGGCCGCCUACACCCACAUAUCAUCCCCCAGCCCAUGAACGGCGACAUCCGCGUUAAACCCACUGAAUACGUCUCCCGCCACGCGAUCGAUGGCAAGUUUGUUUUCGUCGACCAGAGGGCGACAGCUAUCCUGGCGUACUUGCCUCAGGAGCUUCUAGGAACGUCAUUUUAUGAGUAUUUUCAUCAGGAUGACAUCGGUCACCUCGCCGAGUGCCACAGACAAGUGCUACAGAUGAGAGAAAAGAUUAAUACAAACUGUUACAAAUUCAAGAUAAAGGACGGCUCUUUCAUCACUCUGAGGAGCCGCUGGUUCAGCUUCAUGAACCCCUGGACUAAAGAGGUGGAAUAUAUCGUCUCUACAAACACUGUGGUCUCGGGCAGUAUGCUGGAGGAAGCAGAUCCUAGUUAUUCACAGACAGCCUCGUCCCCUCAGAGCAUGGACAGCGUUUUAACAUCAGGAGACGGAGGGGGGAAACGUCCUCUUCAGACGGUUCCUGGUAUUCCAGGAGGGACUAGAGCCGGAGCUGGCAAGAUUGGACGCAUGAUAGCUGAGGAAGUGAUGGAGAUUCAGAGGAUUCGAGGCUCCUCCCCUUCAAGCUGUGGCUCCAGUCCUUUAAACAUCACUGCCACGCCCCCACCUGACACCUGCUCUCCAGGGGGAAAGAAGAUUCAGAAUGGUGGAACUCCAGAUCUGCCUUCAGCAGGACUUUUGCCUGGACCCGAUUCGAUAGGAUACCCAUAUUCAAAUAACUCCUUAAUGAGUGAUAACUCCCAUCUCAGUAUUGACAUUAUGGAAGAGCCCGGAUCCAGCAGCCCCAGUAAUGACGAGGCAGCCAUGGCCGUCAUCAUGAGCCUCCUCGAAGCCGACGCUGGCCUCGGCGGUCCUGUGGACUUCAGCGACCUUCCCUGGCCUUUGUGAAACCACAGCAGACUCCCACCAGGAUGCUCAUUGGGUCCAAGGCUAAACAGGUCUAACCACAGAGGCUCCUGGACAGGAAGUGCCCUGCAGUGCGGAGGCUAACGCGCUGUGGCCGUUAGAUACAGGACCUCCUACUCCAAGCACACAGAAUCAAUGGUUGAGCUGCAGACUUCUUUCCAACCGCCUCCUGUUGAACGGAGAUCUGUGCAUUUCCCACGAUUCUCGACUUUUCCCGACCUGCCCGUUUCUCUGUAGAUACCGGCCUGGAUUAUUCCUGUGGUACCCAUCAGCAAACACGGAUCUCUUUCUAUACAUAUAUAAAUAUAUAUAGCAUUUUGUUUGUGUUUUAAUGUUUUUACACUACAAACGUUGUUGAAAUGUUAAAUAUUCUAUACGCAGAUUGUAACUAAUAUUGUGAUUCUAUUAUGUCAGAUUUCUUUAUGCAAAAUAUAUAUGGUAAAAGUGUAACGUAUCAGCAGUGGAUAUUUUUAAAAUUAAAAAAAAAAAUUGUCUUCAG